GGUUCUCAGUCACAGUAUCGCGUCCUCUCGGUCCGCCUCGAUGCAGUCGAUCACUGCGUCGACGCUAUCCUCUUCCGCUUUUCUGUUUCCGCAGUCUCAUCCGAUUCGCGAAAGUGGGUGAUUCUCUUUUUCUCUUCUCUCUUAUCCGUUUUAUUCGUGAACCUUUAAAUGUCGCGCUCGUGCGCGCUUCUCUUUCUCAACGGAGAACUUAAUCUCAUUUUUAAUAUCACAGUUAAAAAGAUAUCUCUACGUAGGUUUUAGGUUUUGAUUAUUUGACGGAGAAAUUUCUUCUUUGGAGAUUGUAAUGUAUGUAAAUGGGCGGCUCUUGCUUGAGAAGUGAGGGAACGUUUCGGCUCGGCGAUCGCUGCAAAAACGACGAAGAGGAAACUCGAGGAACGCGUUUGCAACUUCACGGAGCACCAGCGUGACCAUGAUUUUACGAACGAGCCUUUGCCUCAAUCUCUUGACGGUUUCGGCGUUGUGUCUAACAGCGGACGAGAUCGAGGCCCAGAGAAGUGGCUGGAACCUAAAUCCCAAUACGCAAUAUCACAUUCAGACCGAUGAGGGUCCAGAAAGGUUCUUUCGAUUUCAAACGUCGAACGGUCAAUACAGGAAAGAAAAGAGACUCGCCGAUGGCACGGUGAUUGGCACCGAAGGCUGGUUAGAUCCUCUCGGAUAUUUACGACUAAAGGAUUAUAUUGCGGACCAUGAGGGAUUUCGAAUAUUAAAGUCAAAAAUGGUUUAUGUAGGCAAAGAUCGACCUAUUCAGGAUGCAGUGGCAGAAACGAAAAAGAUUCCACCACAAACUGGAGUCUUGGCUAGACCCAAAAGACCACCAAAUCCUUUCAGACGACCGGAUCCCAAUGCUGUUGUGUCACUAUCCGGCAAUGAUAUCACUUCCGGUUACUACACUCCGACAACAAUCAAACCCCGACCGAUUUCGAGAAAUAAUUAUUAUUCGAGUCGAUCAGGUUAUCCAUCUGGAUUACAGAGUUUGGAUGCCUAUCAUCGACCACAGUCUACAUACUAUCGUGGAUCUAUAGGUCGACCACCGACUCAGAUUCUCGAGGCUCCCUAUGAUCCUGCUGUCGGGAGUUCCUCCAUCAGGCCGAGCUAUCAAUUGCCAAUUUCUCGAAGCGAUCCGGCCGAUUUCCCGCCGUAUGACGGUACUCAUAAUACGGCGAAUGGCUUUCAAUAUUAUUUGAGGAGGCAGUAUCAUGAGGAGGAACGUGAGCCCGAAGGCAACAAUGUCGGUUCAUUCGGCUACAUCGAUCCGUUCGGCAUCAGACGGGUGAUUUAUUACAAGACGGACCCGUUCACCGGUGGAUUCCUCCACAAGAAGAAUAAUCGAUACGUUGGCUUCAAUGGGACGCCGUAUGAUCCGCUUCCGCCUGAUUUAUCCAGGACGCGGCUUUCAAGGGGCUCUCCCACGAGCGACUCGUAACAAUUCCGUUAUUGUUCAUCGCUUUGCCGCGUUGUAGCAUCACGUUUUGCAUCGCAAAGAGCUCAUCAUCCGAUACCGCGUCGACGCUGGAUUCAACCACGCUGGACGGCCUUGGUUCGACUCGAUGAUCUCGACAGCGAGACCGCUCGUCGGAUCGAACUGCCGCCUGUUAUCGAUGUUCCCUUAAACAAUUUCCGUUGAUCGCCGAUUUUCCGGCCGGGUUAGAACCAACGGAUAUCGGAAAGGGGAAGAACAACGGUGAAUAGAAACGGUCUCGUGAAUGUGAAGAUAGAUAUGGUUUCUAUGGUUUCAUGGGGAAAGAAUAGAGAGGUUCACCGGCAGGGAUUCUCGAUCAUCCGAUGUUGCUUAUGUAAUAUAUAUAUAUAUAGAUAUAACGUUUCUCGAAGUGCCACGAUUGAUAUUUUUCUGAUAUACUCCGACUCCGUUGUGUCAUCAUCGCUGACGGUUCCCAGUUAUUAUUCGAGAUGAUAUAAUGUUGCGAGGAACGAAAGCCGAUUGAAUCAGGGGGACGAUUGAAAUAUAGCAGAUAAGAAGGUUCCAACGGAGAAAAGAUAAGAAUUACGCGAGAUUAAGACAAUGACUUUUCGUCAUCGAGAACCAAGGCGACGGCUUCCUGAUUCGUCGUCCUGCCUUUGUUCUAUUAUUCUCGCGAAUAGAUGAUCGGAUAUCGCGAAAAGACAACGUUAGAUGCCAUGCUGAACUAUAACUUACCUUUCAGGGAAGCACAGUGGGACUUCCUUGAAAAAAAGAAAAUCGUAGGAAUGCGUCGGAUAAUGUUCGCCAAUCAAUUACGUCAUUGAUCUCUGAAAUGUGUGAAGAUUUUCGAUUAUUAUCUUUGUGCGUAAGCUUUUUUUAGUAAUCCGUUUUUGUAAAAAUACU